CAUGUAUUCGUAUUGAACCGUUUCGGUACAUACUGUUCGGUUCGGAACGGGGGCAAACCGAACGAGUUUCGGACGUAAUGUAACCCUUAUUAUUCUAGGCUGUGGGGCGAUCGGGUUACAGUUUCUGCGUGUAGAUUAUAUUUACUCCGUCUUCUCUAGUAUAAUGAGGACCAACACGGCAGGACAGUCUAUUCUGCUUUAUUUCCCCGCGCCAUGCGCAGGUCCAGGAACUCUCGUGUUCAACUCAAAAGCAUCCUACUACAACACAAACAGCUAGGAACUAAUAUUCAAAUAGGAACUAAAAUUACACAACAAAAAAUAUUAAAUAUAAAUGAAUACUGCAUCACAUCUCAAAACAUAAAUACAUAAUAAGAUAAAUAAUAACCCAUAUAAAUAAAAUAAAUUGAAAUGAGCCAAAACAAUAAUAAUACACAAUUCCUGCGUACAGUAAUAAGGCCCGCACGUGAAGCAGAGCAUGCUGCAGCCGCGCACACCAAAACAAACAACAGCAAACAGCAGUAGUAGUGGACCUCAUGGCUAAUGCUGCUAGCAUUAGCAAUAACAGAGAGCUAGAGGACCCUCCCGCGACAUUAAGGUCUCCCGUUUGGGAACACUUCGGCUUCCCGGUGAAUUAUAAACCACCACAGGGACAAAGACAGAUUGAUAAAAACAAAGUGGUUUGCCGCCAUUGUUCAACCGACAUCGGGUAUGUUUCUGGUAACACGUCAAACAUGUUAACCCAUUUGAAACGGCACCACCCCAGCGUGAACAUCGCUACAACGAAGAGGAAGACGAGCGUUGUACAAACAACGCUCCCCACCGCAUUUAAACAGCCGUUCUCCGGUGGGUCAGAUCGGGCUAAAGCAAUAACAAAUGCCGUUGGUGUUUUUAUAGCUGCAGAUUUAAGACCCUAUUCAGUGGUAGAGAACGCUGGCUUCAAACACAUGAUAAAGGUAAUUGAGCCUCGGUAUCAAUUACCUUCUCGCCCACAUUUUAGCCAGAAAAUCAUACCGGGCCUUUAUGAAAAAACAAAAGCUGCUGUUACGGAAAAUCUGUUAUCUGCAUCUGCCAUUGCACUCACAACUGAUGGAUGGACAUCCAGAGCUACAGAGAGCUAUUUAACUGUGACUGCCCACUACAUCACCCCUGAGUGGACUUUAGCAAGCUAUGUUCUGCAAACUCGGCCCAUUUAUGAACAACACACCAGCACAAUUCUAGCAGAGGGACUUAAGGGGACUGUAUUGGAGUGGAAGCUCGAGAGGCCAGGAACAACAAUUACUGUCACAACUGACAAUGCAAGGAAUAUUGUAAAUUCAGUAAAAGAAGCUGGUCUGGGCCCCCAAAUUGGAUGUUUCGCUCACACAAUAAAUUUAGCUUCACAAAAGGCAACAGGACUUAACCAAGUGUCCAGAGUGCUAGGUAAAGUUAGAAGGAUUGUCUCUUUCUUUCACCGUAGCUCAACAGCUGCACACAUACUUGAAAACAAACAGGAGAUGCUCAGUAUACCAAAACACACCCUCAUCCAGGAUGUCCCCACUCGCUGGAAUUCCAGUCAUGACAUGCUGGAGAGGUACCUGGAACAGCAGGCAGCAGUCUACUCAGCCCUGACCGAAAAAGUCAUCAAGAAAAACAAAGAUAUAAACACACUGUCUGACCAGGAUGUGAGGAUGGCAGAAGAGAUAGUUGAGGUCCUUAAACCACUCAAAACCAUCACUACACUGAUAAGCACUGAAGCCACACCCUCAGCAUCUAUGAUCUUGCCCCUCAAAACCACAGUGCUGAAAUCUAUGGAACCCAAUGAAGAAGACAGUCCAACUGUUAGUGAAGUCAAGGCUGCCAUCAGAGACAACCUUGAGGACCGAUACUCUGAUUGUGAAGACUUCCUCCACAAAUGUACUGCCCUAGACCCGAGGUUCAAGACCCUACCUCAUGUUGAUAAUGCCUGUCGUGAGAGAAUCUACAACAGCCUCAUCACAGAGAUUGUGUUAAUGGACGAAAAGAGUGAGGAGGCCACAGCGACAUCAGCAGCCAGUUCAUCCUCAGGAGCAGGACACUCAGGGGCACAAGAAUCAUCUCCCCCUGUCAAGAAGUCUGCAAUGACUGAACUGUUCGGUACACUCUUCAAGACUCAGGUGGGAGACAAGCCUACUUUACAGCUGGUGAAAGUAGAGGUUACCUCAUACAAGGCAGUCAACUGCAUUGCUCUGGAUUCUGACCCACUUCUGUGGUGGAAAACCAAUGAGACCAUCUUUCCUCUUACUGCUAAAUUAGCCAGACACUACCUUGCCAUACCUGCUACCUCCGUGCCCAGUGAGAGGGUAUUUUCCACAGCUGGAGAUAUUGUAACUGCAAGCAGGUCUGCUCUUUCUGCAGAUAAUGUGGAUAAGCUGAUUUUUCUAGCAAAAAACAUGAAGAUUGAGUGAAAGUCAUCAGGGCUGAAGAUGGGGGGAGGAGAGGGGGGUAAAAGUUAAUAUAAGAAAGUUGAAACUGUUCAGUAUUGCAACUGUUCAAUUUUGCACGUCACAUAUUUUUUCAAAGAAAAAGUGAGCCAAUGUUAUUUUUAUUUUGUUUUUCAAAAUAUUUGCAUUUCAGAAUAUUAUAUUUUCUAUUUUAAGCAGAAUUCUAGCUUUGUUCAGGCUAAUGUUCCUAUUGUUUAACGCACAAAAGUUUGUAAUAAAAGACGAGCACAUUUAUAUUUUGCAUUUUGUUUUUUUACUGUACCGAAAAUGAACCGAACCGUGACCUCAAAACCGAGGUACGUACCGAACCGAGAUUUUUGUGUACCGUUACACCCCUAA